GUCACAUGACAAUGUACAUGUAGAUGAUCAUCAGCAGACACUUGUAAACAAAUUUGAAUUACAAUCGAACUUUGACCAUCGCUCUGAUCACUUGUCAAACUACAAGUUAUGUAUCUUCUAAAAUGGCAGAGGCUGGUGGUGAAAUUGGUUUUCUUCAAACACAAACAAACCAUCCUGCUAUAUGUCACUCAAAGGUUCAGUGGAAUUUAGUCAAUGGAACACUACAUUGUGUUCCAUUUUUUCCUAGUAAACUGACCCCUGGAUGGAGGGAGGCCCCUGUACUGAGAUUGCCCAAGAACAAAGUAUAACAGACAAUCACCAGUAUCUUAAUUAAGCCUGAAGUUGCACUACUUAAAAUUGUGUUAUUCCUUAAAAUUGUGUUGUUCGCCAUGGAAGGUUUUUUAGUUUAAAACCCACCCCCCUGGAAAUUUCGGUUUAGUUUCGCACUUUAAAACUUUUGACUUUUGGAACCCCCUUCCCCCUUGGGAUUUCCAUAAACCUUCCUUGGGGUGGAUAUGAAUAUUUUCUGGAAUUGCACUUUAUGACACCACUAUCAGAUCACACCAAUUCUUUUAAAAGUAAUGAGGACUUGUUUGAAGGAUAAAGCAAGCUGGUGCAGGCUAAUUUUACGACAAAAGACCCAGUACUUUUCUCUGCAGUGUUUAUUAAUUAAAGGCUUUAAGACCAAAUUGUAGUUUUUAUGUAUAGUGUAUUUUUGUUAUCUAUAAAUCUGAAAAUGUGACAUCAUUGAACAAAUUUUCUUCUAUGUGAGAGCAACCUUUACACAUAAAGUACCUCUGAACACAACAAACUUGGUGCACAAUAAUCUCGAGAUUAGCGUGAAUACUUUGUUUACUUUUUCUUUUGUUUGUUAAUUUUUUGAGUCAUUUAUGCCCUGUGCCCCACUGGGGGCUAGAAGGAAUGAUGGUGAUGAUGAUGACUGUUACUGUACAAUCAGCUUGUUCUUCCAUAAACAAUUUUUUUUUAAUUUCAUUCUAGCACCAACAGCAACUCUGACAGCUCCAAAUGGAGCUCUCGACAGAAGCUUCACACACUUAAUAUGCCAAGUCACAGGGAACCCAGAGCCAAGCAUCACAUGGUACAAGAAUGGUGUAGUUCUUACCGUCAGGGCCAGGGCACAGAAGUUCCCCAUUCCCAGUGGUGAGCUGCUUCGUUUAGGCCCCACUUUGAAAUCACGCCAUGAGGGUGAUUACACGUGCAAGGCUUCAAAUGCAGAUGGCACAGCAACAUCUCAAACAACGUCGAUAAAAAUCUACAGAGCGCGCAGCACGCCAUCGGGAUUUCCAAGAGUAGUUAAGAAUCCUCGAUACGCUGAAGUAACGAGCGGAGAUGAUGGUUCGUUUGAGUGUAAUGCCACAGGAAACCCACUCCCGGUGAUAACAUGGCUGAAGGAAUCAGUGCCCCUCGACUUGUCAGACCCAAGAAUCAGCAUACCCAAGCCAGGGGCCGUGAAAAUCACUAGUGUCCAGGCUUCUGACGCCGGACGGUACACGUGUGUUGCGACCAAUAGCCUGGGGAUGGUGUAUUCACGUGUCGCAACCCUCAGACACAAAGUCUCUUACAAGAAACCAGUCAUCACCAGUCCCCCUCAACCUGUCACAGUCGACCCAGAAACAGUUGUCUACUUGAAUUGCUCGGCCACAGGUUACCCAAAACCAUCUAUAGUGUGGGAACGUGACGGCGUCAGACUCGCAGGGGGAAGUGCUGAUGGCGUGUUGACCGUUCAAGAUAUUCAGAAGUCUGGGAACUACACUUGCCUUGCAGUUAAUAACAGAGGACAAGCUCGAGCCUCGGCUUACGUCACUGUACGAAAAUUGCCAUUCGCUCCAACAAGACCCACCACAACGCAGAUAACUGCAGACUGGAUCACCAUCACAUGGAAGCAUGGAGGAGGCCCCCAGGUGGACUCUUACACCUUAUACUAUCGCGCCAAGAGCUCGAGUCAGUGGAUAGUCAUCAAAGACAUUCGUGGCCGAACAUCUAUGAGUUUGAAGGAACUCCAGCCUUAUACUACUUAUCAAUUUCGCCUGUUUGCUCUGAACGACCUGGGGACCAGCAAACCUAGUCCUCUGGCUGAAUUCAAAACAUCCCCAAAAGGUUUGUAUUUCAGGAGGUCCCGUCUCACAACUCAUCAUAAUUAAUUCCGUGGGACGUAAAGGAACCCACAGACUGAUCGAAAAGAGUAGGGGACGUAGUUCCCGGUGUGGUGGUCUAUCUCUCAUCUGAUGGUUAAAUACUCGGAGGUAUUAGCUGCAUAAGCUACUCUGAAAUCCGAGGGUAAAUAAAGUAAUGUAUGUAUGUAGCAGUAUUUUACACGCGCUUGAGCAGAUACGGAGAGGGAGCCGAGAGUUAAUGGCGCUGAUCGCUGGUUCAUGUUCUUCACUUCGAUGCUACAGAGUAAUAUAUCAAAAAACAAAAGACCGUCUUUGACCACAUUUCCAAACACCGAGAACAGAGUUAAAAAUACAACGCGUAGCGGUGUAUUUUUGAUUAGCGUCGAGUAGUUUACAAACGUGGUCUUACAUGUUUUGAUAUAUCUUCUCAAUCGAAACUGAAACUAAGGAGAAAACAGUUAAAUACAAUCGUAAAUCUGAUAAUCUGUGAUAGAUCAGGUAUCCAAACACCGUCCCCCAACGGGAUGAAUGCUUUAUGAGUUUGAGAAGUGGAGUUUAAAACACGACCAUCCGGAGCCGCUCCAAAUCCUCCAUUUGGUCAGUAUCUCAACAAUUGAAUUCUCAUCUAAGCGGUGCAGUGGCCCCAGUUAGAGCAGUAAUGGGAAUUUCCAGCUUCAUGUUCCUUUCACGUGUAAACCAAAACUUCCUACUUGUACAUGGUAGUUUCCAUCACCUUUACAGCUCUGCGGUAAACCGUUGGUACCGGCAUGGCAAAGGUCUUUGAUUCGAAACCCGAGAAUGACCAUGAUUUUUGGUAGUGAGGGUAUAGGGGUGUCUGUAAUCUGGAUUGUAUUUCACUGUGUACUUCAUAAAGUGAAGCCUUGGAGCCGACUGGCUGCC